GCAGAGCAGCUGAGGAGGCCCCAGGUGGGCAGGACUAGAAGCCGGGCUUCAGCCAGCAGCGGGGAGGGAGGUCAGUGGCCUUGGUCCUCCUCCCAGUGCCUGUGGCCUAGAGAAGCAGCAGUAAGUAGCCCUGGUUCUCCGGGAGCUGAUGGCAUCAGCCUAGGGACUCACACGCUCCCCUGUAACGCUUUGGCUCCAGCGUGACUACAGAGGGUCUUGCCCUUGACUCUGUGGUACAGCCACAUGCCGCGAGCGGCGGAUGAGGCUUUGCAAAAGGCCCAGGAUGACACAGGAGCGCUGGACCCCAAGAUGGUGGCCCAGAAUGCGGAGGAGCAGGUCCUCAGAGCCGCAGCAAGGCCUUCUGCUCACCGCCAGGGGCUGCUGUGCUGCUCCUGGGACCUCAAACCCUCAAAAAAUCCGGGCCUGAGGGUGAUGUCAAACCCUCAGGAGAAAAACCAAAUGAAGGUGCAGGGGCCCUACCUGACCCCGCUGGGGUCUUCGUGCUCAGAGCCCCUCACAGAACCGCACAGACGCCUACCGACUUUGGGGGACCCAGUAGAGCUGUGUGCUGGGGAUAGCCCUCCCGGGAUCCCAGGCCCCUUGGGGAACCUUCUGGCAUGGCGUCUCCAAAGGGGACGCUUAGCAGCACGGAGGAUCCGUGCAGGGGCAAGAGCCUGAAGUGGAGAAGGACCUCGGCUCCUGCUGGCCCCCAACACGUGAUGACUCUGUAUGAGCAGGGAGGGAGGCAUGGGGCCCCCCAUCUGGUCCCGUCUGAGUGUCCCCAGCAUAACAGAGGGCCCAGGCCAGGGCAGCCAAGAGACACCUCAGAUCUGGGUGCUACCCUGUGGCAGAGAUGAGAGGGCGCUGGCGAGGAUGCUCAGCUAUCACGUAGCGCCGGGUGCCUGUGAGAGAUGGAGAUGAGGGAGCUGGCAGGGACGGUAGCUGUGAUCUCAGCUGUAGGAGGCCUGAAACGGGGAAGAAGCAUGAGGUCUCAGGGCAGGACGUUCAGCUGUCACCUCCAUUCUGGGUGCCUACAAGGAGGCACAAGCAUGAGGGACCCUGUGAGGACAGUCGCUGGUCACCUCAUCUCUGACAGUCCUAAGGGCCUCGCUGAAUUGAGACAAAUGUCACUCAGCUCUGGGACCCUACAGUGGGGAACAGGGAAAACAAACUGAUGAGGAGAGACAUCUGUCACUUAAUAUCUGUGUGCUUACCCUGCGGCAGAUGCAACUGGUCCCAGGAAGGUUUCCUGUACGUGGGUCAAAGGGCACAGAUGUUUCUGUGGUUCUCACGCCACCCGGCUGCUGCCGUCCAGAAAGAUGGGUCCCGGCGACAAGGGUGGCCCCGGCUCUCCCAGCGCGGGAGGUGACCGGGGUGCCCCGGGAGGUGUCGGGGCGCCUUCGUGAAGGAGUCUGGAGGAGCAGGCGGGAGAGCUCACGGUCCCCGAACGCUGCACCUGCCGGCUGCCCCAACCCAGCGGGAGAAGUGGACAUGAGGUUGGCAGGCCCCCUCCGCAUCACGGCCCUGGUCAUCACCGUGGGCCUCACCUGGAUCGUAGCCAGCACCCUCCUCGGUGGGCCCGGCAGCGGCUUUCCUCGCAUCCAGCAGCUCUUCACCAGCCAAGAGAACUCAGUGACUGCAGAGCCACGGGCCAGGAAGUACAAAUGCGGCCUGCCUCAGCCGUGUCCGGAGGAGCACCUGGCCUUCCGCAUGGUCAGCGGGGCUGCCAAUGUCAUUGGACCCAAGAUCUGCCUGGAGGAUAGGAUGCUCAUGAGCAGUGUCAAGGACAACGUGGGCCGGGGACUGAACAUCGCUCUGGUGAACGGGGUAAGCGGAGAGCUCAUCGAGGCCCGCGCCUUUGACAUGUGGGCAGGAGACGUCGACGAUCUGCUGAAGUUUAUCCGGCCGCUGCAUGAAGGCACCCUGGUGUUCGUGGCUUCCUACGACGACCCAGCCACCAAGAUGAAUGAAGAGACCAGGAAGCUUUUCAGCGAUCUGGGCAGUAAGAAUGUCAAGGACCUGGCCUUCCGGGACAGCUGGGUGUUUGUAGGGGCCAAGGGUGUGCAGAACAAGAGCCCGUUUGAGCAGCACGUGAAGAACAGUAAGCACACCAAUAAGUACGAAGGCUGGCCUGAGGCGCUGGAGAUGGAAGGCUGCAUCCCCAAGAGGACCGCGGCCAGCUAGCGGCGAAGUCGAGGACCAGACGAAGCGAGGCUGCGUGUGCCCAGCCUGGGAGGAGGCUCUGGCACAGGACUGAGGCCUGACCCCACGCCCAGCCAGGAGCACUCCUGCCCCGGUACGUCAGGGCUCCACGGCAGUGACCAGUGACCAGACCGUGACCAGUGGUGGGGGCUGCAUGGCGGCCCCAUCGCACUUUGUCGGGGGACCCCAGGUACCCAUCUUCUUUUCCUAAAGCUGCUCCCCUGGCCAACCCCCACCCAAGUCACAAGCACCUGCGGCCCCAAGUCUGGUAGCAGCUGCCUGGCAGGUUGGGGCAUCUUCCAGAACCUCUCCAUCCCAGAGUGGCUCACUGCUCUGCGGGGCAGUCCCAUCUCCGGUGUGAUUCGUUCUGCUGAGCCGCAUGUGGCAGCCACUCCGGGUACCUGGCUGCCUCCUGCCUCGCUCUCGCAGGAAACGGUGGCCACCUGGGAACUAGGCUGGUGAGGUCACCAGCCUGAUCGCAGUCCCUAGCGCAGCGGGCGGCAGCUCCUGCGGCUUGUCUGUCAGAGGGCCCGCCUUCUAGAUGACCUGUUAAUAAACUGGUGGCCCCUGAAGGAA